CCCUUACUCUGGAGUGCGCGGGUCUUUACAAUUUGUCAACAGCGCCAUUGUUUUGCUAACGCUAACUGUUGGGUAGCAGUUGAAGAAAUUAGCUCGUUCACUUUUUUAACAUCGAUACAUACUUGUUCCGAAAUAUUUAUUACAAAGCGGAUUCACAUUAAUGCAUUCGGCUGGUAAUCGAAAAAGCAGUUAUUGGAAACGGAAUGAAUGCUAUUGUUAGCUAACUGUUAACUUGGGCAUCGCUGACGGUAACACUAGUGUUACACUAGCGGAAAGACAACGAGCUAACCCAAAUGGAGACAAAAUAUCCUACCUUGAAGAGACCUAAGAGGAAGCUCUGCUACGCAACAAACAAGGAAAAUCAAUAUACCAAAUGGCCAGCACCGCUGACGUUGGAGGAUGUGGACAAUAUCUUCAAUGACAUCGAUUCAUCCUCAAAUGAUGAUCUUCUUCCAACAUCUCCUCUGCUCCAGACUUUUGAUGUUGAGACAAAUGAGAAUAAGGGAGCGGCUUCUCCAGUAACACGGGAGGGACACGCAGUGGAACAUAUUGUAGAAUACCUCAUGGGUCCUGAAGAAGUCCUACAUUCUGCAACACAAUCAUCCACUCCUAAACUGGACACUGAUUGUGAUAUACCAUUUAAAGCACAUGGGCCAGUAAAGACAUCCAGCCCCAUUGAACACAAUAUGGGCAGCAAAGGCAAAGGAGAAAAGCAGGAUGAUGAAAAACAUGAAGUUGCGUCCGCAAUUCUCUUUCCCUGUGAAGAUGAGGGAGAAGAAGAGGUGAAGACAAAACCUCUACCCAUCCAGAAACCCCAGUGCAAUGGACAUAUCAGUGAGGAGUAUGAUGACACUGACUUGGAGUCUCCUCCAAGCAAGGUUGCUUUCACCAAGACACCUAGUAAAAGGAAGGCAGAAACAUGCAAAGAAUGCCCUGCAGCCAAAGAAAAAACACCCGUGAAACCUCAAACACCAGUUUUGAAAAGCAAAAGCAAAAUCCAGAGCUAUCAAGAUAACACAGAGCCGACUGCUCUGGCAGCAGGACAGGAGUCCGAAUCUGCAGCUCUUGGAAAAACCCCAGAAGCUGUUCACAAGCAGUCAGUCAUGGAGGUUUCCACACGUAUGGGCAAAGACAUGACCGCCUUUCUGCAGAAGGUCAAAGAUGCUGGACGGUCAAAAGCUUCAUAUUCCAAGAAGUCUCCAGUUAAAGCACCCAUUCCUCCUCCUGAGCCAGAGGAUGAUUUUAUGAUUAUGGAGGAUGAUACACCUCUUUGGGUCGCUAUUCCACGUAAAAAUGCCGCCAGUAAGAGACACGGGCACAGCAGGACCUCCAGCACCGAGAAAGACAGCUCAACAGACAAAGGAAAGAAAGAUAGCUCAUCAGAGACAUUGGAGAAGCUGCAGGAAUUGGAAAAGGCCAACGACAAACUGGAAAGUCAGACCGUUAAUCAAAAAAGGAGGAAGAAUGUAAGGAAAGAGAAGAACAAUGAGGAGACUGAGCCUGGAAAUGAUGAGGGUGAUUUGGCCGGUCCUCAGGAUCUUCCUGCAGCCGACUUGAUGGAAGAAGAGGAACCAAAGAAAAAUAAACAACAGCUCAAGAAGGUUCCAUCGAAGGACAGUGAAAAGGCAGUGGAUCAGCCUGAAGACGCAGCCAGCAGGGAAACGGAAAAAGAAAAGACUUCCCAAAAAGUGAAAACAAAACAGAAGUCUUCUGAAGUGAAGAACCCAAAGUCAUCAAAAGAUGGUAAACAGAGUACCAAGACAAACAGGGCUAAGUCAUUAAAGGGGACCAGAAAAGAGCGAGAGGAUUCUGUUGAUGCAAAGGAAAUGAUGCAAGUUGAUGUUGAGGAACAAAAUCAGGAGCAGAACAGAAUGGAGCGUGCAGAGACGGAAGAUCUGGGUUCUCCCAUAGACAAAGAAAUCCUGACAUCUGAAGCAGAUGGAAAGACUAAACAAACCAAGCAGCCGGUUGUGUCUGCAGAGAGCUCCUCUGAAGACAGUCCGGUUUUUGGGAAACGGAGAAGGCGUCAGACGGGACAGUGGUGGCUGAAUUGCGAUCACGCAACAGAUGAGACAGAGAACCAGCAGCCUACACCCAAGAAGACUAAACAGAAUAAGAAAGAGCCCAGUUCAGCAGUAGCUUCACCUGUGAAGGUUAAGAAGGUUUAUAAAAAAAGAAAUCAGAAAGAGUCUGUGCCGUCGUCUAGUCCGAACACGAAUAAAGCUAAAGGAAAGAAAACCAAACGGAACAAAAAAAGAAAUGCAAGAGUAGACACGCCAGGUAAGAAAACAAGAGAUGAGGUAUUCAGCAUGAGUGAGGCAGAGCAGACUGAAGAACAGGAGCAGCAGCAGGAGGUUCCCCAUCAAGACCUGGAUCCGGAGCUGUCCAGCCCUCUGGUCUUUGCUCACAGAGACCACAGCCUUAACUCAGGAGAUCAGUUAUUUCAGAGAAUAUAUCAUCACACCCCCAAUAAAAGCCUAUCCGUCACACCAGCAGCGCCACUUUCUCCAAGUCGACCGGAGGAACAGCUCAAAGAAGCAGAACCGACGAAACGUAGGAGGAAACCACCCGGUAACUGGUGGAUGACUGACGUCACGGCUGAAGAUGUGGAGAGCGUCCCAGCGUCCCAGCCUCAGCAGCUUCAUCCCAAGCAGCCCAAACCUCGCAAGGAAAGAAAAGCAAAAUCUAAGCCGAGCAGAUCUCCUGGGCUUGGUGUUCCCAAAAAUGGCAACAUGGCAGCCUCACCAAAACCACUGGGUGGAGCUGCUGUGCCUCCUCUGAAUACGAUGCCGCUCUCGGCUCCAAAGACUGUCAAACGCUCUCUGGCAACAUUUAAGGACAUUUUCACUUCAGGGACAGAGACUCUGACUGUGGUCAGCAGCAGAAAUGCACCUCAGAAGAACAAACGUAAGGUCAGUUCACAUCCUGCUGGGGACGUCUCUGCCACUGACGACACGCCACACAGAAACACUGACACAGAUGUACUCGGUACUGAUGCUGACAGAAGAUCACAAAGCGGCCACCACAACGAGGAGAACCCACAAAGUAGAGUGUGUCAGCCUGACAACACGUUUAGAGUCCUCAGAAGUGGGCCGUCCUCCAUGAUUGAGCUGGAAGAGCAAGAGAAUGACGACAUGACUUUUCCCUCACCCAGAGUCCAGGCUGUUCUCUCUGUAUCAGACCUCUGUGGUCCUCCUCUCAGACCUCUAGUGUUACAGAGGAAGGAUAAGGCCAACCUGACUGAAUGGUUUAAGAGUCUCUGGUCCACCGUUGCUGACAACAGUGCUGACAUCACUCCAGACCUGUUUGACUGGUACUUCUAUCAGGACAGAGUUAUUGGCUUCCAGGCGGACCUGAACAGUGGUUCCAUCUGCAGUGGAAAGAUCCUGCUGGGCUCCCACGCCAAGAAGCCUCUCUGGGUCGAUCACAGCGCUACAACAGUCUUUAACUUAUUAACAAGUUCUGUGAAUGUGACCAUUGACGGCAGUGAGUCCCACCUCAGCCCAGGACAAUCCUUUAUGGUGGAGUGUGGACAUGCCUACAGUAUCCAAAACACAACAGCUCAGCCUGCAGUGCUGUACUUCACCCAGAUAUUAGCAGAGAGUUUAGUCUGACAAUGUGAUGAUUUAAAUGGUCCUACUUUCACUAUUGAAAUAUAGAAUGUAAAUAAAAAAUUAGCUGUAAUUUUACAACAAAAUGUUUUUGAUCCUAAGCUAUGCUGCAAAUGUAUAAGAUUCUUGUUAAUAAAAUUUCCUGCUUUGUU